AUGUCUUCAGCUCCAAAAGGUGAUAUCGGUUUAAUUGGUUUAGCCGUUAUGGGUCAAAACUUGAUUCUUAACAUGGCCGACCAUGGUUACACUGUUGUUGCUUACAACAGAACCACUGCCAAAGUUGAUCGUUUCUUAGAAAACGAAGCUAAAGGUAAAUCCAUCCUCGGUGCUCACUCCAUCAAGGAAUUGGUUGAUCAAUUAAAGAGACCAAGAAGAAUUAUGCUUUUGGUCAAAGCUGGUGCUCCAGUUGAUGAAUUCAUUAACCAAUUAUUGCCAUACUUGGAAGAAGGUGAUAUCAUCAUUGACGGUGGUAACUCCCAUUUCCCAGAUUCUAACAGAAGAUACGAAGAAUUGGCCAAGAAAGGUAUUUUGUUUGUUGGUUCCGGUGUUUCUGGUGGUGAAGAAGGUGCUAGAACUGGUCCAUCUUUGAUGCCAGGUGGUAACGAAAAAGCUUGGCCACACAUUAAAGACAUCUUCCAAGAUGUUGCCGCCAAGAGUGAUGGUGAACCAUGUUGUGACUGGGUUGGUGAUGCCGGUGCUGGUCAUUACGUCAAGAUGGUCCACAAUGGUAUUGAAUAUGGUGAUAUGCAAUUGAUUUGUGAAGCUUACGAUCUUAUGAAGAGAGUUGGUAAAUUUGAAGACAAAGAAAUUGGUGACGUGUUUGCCACAUGGAACAAAGGUGUUUUGGAUUCUUUCUUGAUUGAAAUCACCAGAGACAUUUUAUACUACAAUGACCCAACUGACGGUAAACCAUUGGUUGAAAAAAUCUUGGAUACUGCUGGUCAAAAAGGUACUGGUAAAUGGACUGCUGUCAAUGCCCUUGAUUUGGGUAUCCCAGUUACUUUGAUUGGUGAAGCUGUCUUUUCUAGAUGUCUUUCUGCCAUGAAAGCCGAAAGAGUUGAAGCCUCUAAAGCCUUGAAAGGUCCACAAGUUACUGGUGAAUCUCCAAUUACUGACAAAAAACAAUUUAUUGAUGAUUUAGAACAAGCUUUGUAUGCUUCCAAGAUUAUCUCCUACACCCAAGGUUUCAUGUUGAUGAACCAAGCUGCUAAGGAUUACGGCUGGAAAUUGAACAAUGCUGGUAUUGCCUUGAUGUGGAGAGGUGGUUGUAUUAUCAGAUCAGUUUUCUUGGCUGAAAUUACUGCUGCUUACAGAAAGAAACCAGACUUGGAAAACUUGUUGCUUUACCCAUUCUUUAACGACGCUAUCACUAAAGCUCAAUCUGGAUGGAGAGCUUCUGUUGGUAAGGCUAUUCAAUAUGGUAUUCCAACUCCAGCUUUCUCUACUGCUUUGGCUUUCUACGAUGGUUUAAGAUCUGAAAGAUUACCAGCUAACUUGUUACAAGCUCAAAGAGAUUACUUUGGUGCUCAUACUUUCAAGGUCUUGCCAGGUCAAGAAAAUGAAUUGUUGAAGAAAGAUGAAUGGAUUCACAUUAACUGGACUGGUAGAGGUGGUGAUGUUUCUUCAACUACUUACGAUGCUUAG